UUUGUAACUUCUUAGGAUUGAGUCACAUAUCAUCCUCGGCGAUUCUUGCAUCCAGACUCGUGUUCGCCGCAAGACUGGGAAAGCUUUUUCAGUCUCGAGUCAGUCGGGAAUUGACUCACCAGCCUCGACCCCGCUUAUAGUCGGUGUCACCCAAAUUGUAAUCCAGGGACCAGAGGUCUUCCAACUACGGCCCGCAUUCUGUUGGCGCAUUACUAUGCCCAAGAAACACACUCCUUCCUACGCUCAAACAAAGCCGUCCUACGUCCAUCCGUCGUUACAGGGUUCGCGACCCUCGUCGUCUACGCCAGCAGAACCGCAAACCGUGAACCAGCGCAUACAACAACUUCGUCGCGAACAAGCACCGCGAGCGACGCCCGAACAACGAGAUGAGAUCACAUCGCUAGUAAGCCGCACUGUCCCGCCAGAGCUACGGCGCAUAUUGCAUAUACCGGAAGUUAAUGCUCCCAAACCAAAGGCUGGGUUGCGGCCUCGCCGAGUUUUGGGAGCCGCGAGACCACCUCCAGGGCCCGCAGCACCGAGCAGCUGGCUGCAGACGAGUCGCCAUGCGCCAGCAUAUAUGCGGAAAAGGAAACAAUCCAGUGUAGAGCAUGGUGCUCCAAGAUUCUCUACGCUGGCCACAGUGACGGAUGAGGAGUACAAGCGCCUACCACCACCCCGAAGCUUAGUACACCAAUGCCUACGAUCGUUUGCGAUGCACUGGGAAGAGCUGUGCGAAUACGAACAGCAUUACCUACCCGCACUACCGAUAUCGCUAAAAGAAGCUCUGUUGAGCUACCUGACGCUUUUUGGAGGGAAUGUGUGUCUGGACUUCAAAUCGUUCAAGAUACUCUUCCAGAACGAUGAGGGUACGGGAACGUCAGGCUGGGACGAGACACGGUUCCUGGACCUCGCUGGUCUUCUAAACGAGCAGCUCACAGUCAGUGAUGUGGGCCAGUGCCUCAGACGCCCGAACGCUUCACAGACGGCGCUGGAGAUGGGGGCACUCAGCAUAAGCCCUGAAAAGGCGAAAAAACCAAAGGAACCCGCAGUUCUUCAAGUCGUGGAUUCAUGGGAAGAAGAGGCAGAAGAAACACCGACGGCUCAACCCGUCCCAGUAGCGAGUCUUCAAGUUCCACACUUCACCAAUCUCAGCCGGCUGUCUCUUGCCCAUCCAGGGCAAUGGGCAUCCUGGCCCGAACUCCUUCGCAUAUCACCACACCUCGGUAAACUCACCCAUCUUUCCCUCGCAUUCUGGCCACGGCCCUCGAUGACUCCCAAUGCACUAAGCACCUCUAUGGUGUCGAACCACACCAGCGUGUCACUAGGCGGCUCACAUUUCUACUCGGACCUAGAUGACGACUGGCACGAAGCAGCCAAUAUCCUGCGCCGCUUCUCCACCAACACAUACUCACUGCAAUGGCUUGACCUUGAAGGCUGCAACUGGCUCAGAGCGCUGACCUGGCGCUCCGUCUCCCUCCCAGGACCUCCUGUGCCUGGAAGUCAAGACGUAGAGCCUUGGCAGAUACACUCGGUCUCGCCUAGUCCUGACUGGAACGACGCAUGGCGACGCAUCACGUAUCUAAACGUAUUCCAGGGAUGGAUACCGUCUGAUAACCAGAGUUUACAAAACAUGCCCGCGGGGAUUGUGCCGGUGCAGUUGAUGCGUUGGCUCAGAGAGAACAAGGCAAAGGAUGAUGUGAGAUGGAGAUUGAACGCGAAUGAAACGGGGCACGCUGUUGCAGAGUGGGUGCAGAGGGAAAAGGUAGCAAAGGGUGUAGGGUUGGACAUUCACGAGAUCAGGAAGAGUGGCAAGGGGUUGUGGUGUAGCAUUGACCAUGGGUGGGGUUCUGCCGCUGGGGACAAUGUACAUCAAGUCGCAGAUCGCAGUGCAGCGGGCUAAUUACCUUAUAGAAAAUGGUCGUCGGCCCGGGUUCUAUAUGACACGAUUGUCAUUUGCAACUUACUUUACUAUUAUAACCGUGCUUAAUCGAAUAUCUGAUUUUGUUAUGCAGAUUAUGAAAAACCCGUGUGUUGUUGAGCCGCUAUUACUCCGUAUUUUAACAUUUGUCGGCGCACGCACGCAUUGUGCCCC